AUGUUAUUGAAUUUUACUAUUCAGCAUCUGGCUUUACAAAAGUACAGCGGCCAAUCGCCUAUUUUCAAUAUAGGCAACCGUGGUAACUGUGUAUUUAAAGCUUUAUCAAUAAACAAAAUUACUUCAAAUUUCAUUUAUUCAAAUCAAAAGUUUCAAAGAUUAGAAAUACUGAACUCGAAAUUUUCACAUAGCCUUAAGUCUGUUGUUAGCUUAAAUAGAGAUGAUACCAUUAAUAACACAAAAUUUCAUGAUGCCCUUGCCCUAGAUCAAGAUACUAUUGUAAAGAAUUGUGUUUUCGAUUCAUGCACAUCAGAAGCUAAAGGCAGUGCUAUUUCCUCCGAAGGUCGUAGACUUACAGUAGAUUUUUGCCUUUUCCAAGGUUGCGAAGCUGUAUCUAAUGGUGGCGCUAUUUACAUACAGUCAGUUGGAUUUUUAGUUAAAAAAAGUUGUUUUGCAAAUUGUACAACUUCUUCUUUUGGACAAGCGAUUUACCACACAGAUGGAAAGAAUCUCGGCGAAACUGAUACAGUUAAAGAUACAAUAUUCUACAGAUGCUCUCUUAAGCAAUAUCUUCGAAAUGCAGCAGCAUUAUUUUCAAUGACUGGUAAAAUGGCAUAUACAUAUAAUAACUGUACAAAAUGUGAGUGCAAGAAGAAUGGUGCUUGCAUAACUUUCUUAAAUUCAGAACCAGAAAUUAUUUCUCAUUCUACCUUUGCAUUUAGCAGCGCUCCAUCUGUUAUUGAUAUAUCUCAUUGCCAAACAAGUAUUAAAAUUCAUUACUGCAAUUUCCUUUCCAACGUUGCCACUGAAAAAUCUGCAUUAGUAGUUGUAAGCGCAGAAACCAUGAUUUCGGAGUGUUACAUGGAAAAGAACUCAUCUCCUUUUGCAGAUAGAUCAGUAGGACAGCCAUAUCAAGUAGUUAUCUUUAAUUGUACUUAUGAUUCGCUUGGAACACCAUUAACAAAUGAUGUUGUUUACAGAGCUGGUAAAAACAUCGAAGUAGAUGAUUCUCCGCUCAUGAUUACUCUUCGCGGACAAAAUCAUUGUUAUACUCAUCCUGAAGAUUCAUUUUUCCGAGGUUUCAAUCUUAAUGUGUUCUUUAUGGUAUGCGGUACAAUCAUACUUACUCAUAUUCUUAUUAUUCAUACUAAUUUCAUCUUCAGAUUGUUCUCAAGAAUUAUCUCAGGAGAUGAAAGGCAGAAGAAGAGACGUAGAGCAGCAAAGAAGCGUAACGAAAUGGAAUAA